UGUCUGAGCAACACACCUCCUCUUACAGAAUACUUCCUCAAUGAUAAAUACCAAGAAGAGCUGAAUUUUGACAAUCCUUUGGGAAUGCGAGGUGAAAUAGCAAAAUCUUACGCAGAGCUUAUCAAGCAAAUGUGGUCAGGAAAAUACAACUAUGUAACCCCAAGAGCAUUUAAGACACAAGUGGGACGAUUUGCGCCACAAUUUUCUGGUUAUCAGCAACAAGAUUGUCAAGAGCUACUGGCUUUUCUCUUGGAUGGAUUACAUGAAGAUUUGAAUCGAAUUAGGAAGAAGCCUUACAUUCAGUUAAAGGAUGCAGAUGGGAGGCCAGACAAGGUGGUUGCUGAAGAAGCCUGGGAAAACCAUUUAAAAAGAAAUGAUUCCAUCAUCGUAGAUAUAUUUCACGGCCUUUUUAAAUCCACCCUGGUUUGUCCUGAAUGUGCUAAGAUAUCUGUAACCUUUGAUCCCUUUUGUUACUUGACACUUCCAUUGCCCAUGAAAAAAGAACGCACUCUGGAAGUUUAUUUGGUUAGAAUGGAUCCACUUGCAAAGCCGAUGCAGUACAAAGUAGUUGUUCCCAAAAUUGGAAAUAUAUUGGAUCUUUGCAUAGCAUUGUCAGCUUUGUCUGGUGUUGCUGCAGAUAAGAUGAUUGUUACUGAUAUAUACAAUCACAGGUUCCACAGGAUAUUUGGCAUGGAUGAAAAUCUGAGUAGUAUUAUGGAACGUGAUGACAUUUAUGUAUUUGAAAUUCCUAUCAAUAGGACAGAAGAUACAGAACAAGUUAUAAUUCCUGUUUGUUUAAGGGAGAAGUGCAGGUACACUAGCUACAGCCAUAGUGGUUCUUCACUCUUUGGUCAACCUUUUCUCAUAGCAGUGCCUAGAAACAAUACUGAAGAUAAACUGUAUAACCUGCUGCUGCUAAGAAUGUGCCGAUACGUAAAAACGUGUACCGAAAGUGAAGACACUGAAGGAACCCUACAUUGCUGUAAGGACCAUGGUAUCAAUGGUAAUGGCCCGAAUGGAAUACAUGAAGAAGGAUCUCCAAGUGAAAUGGAAACAGAUGAACAAGAUGAUGAAUCUAGCCAGGAUCAGGAACUUCCUUCAGAGAAUGAGAACAGCCAGUCAGAAGACUCAGUUGGAGGUGACAAUGACUCUGAAAAUGGAUUAUGUACUGAGGAUACUUGCAAAGGUCAACCACUCAUGGGACACAAAAAGCGAUUGUUUACAUUCCAGUUCAAUAAUUUGGGCAAUACUGACAUAAACUACAUCAAAGAUGAUACCAGGCAUAUUAGGUUUGAUGACAGGCAACCUAGGCUUGACGAAAGAUCUUUCCUUGCUUUGGAUUGGGAUCCCGAAUUGAAGAAGAGAUAUUUUGAUGAUAGUGCAGCAGAGGAUUUUGAAAAACAUGAAAGUGUGGAAUAUAAGCCUCCCAAAAAGCCUUUUGUGAAAUUAAAAGAUUGCAUUGAGCUGUUCACAACAAAGGAAAAACUAGGUGCCGAAGACCCAUGGUAUUGUCCAAACUGUAAAGAACAUCAGCAAGCUACCAAGAAGUUAGACUUGUGGUCACUGCCCCCUGUACUGGUCGUUCAUCUAAAGCGCUUUUCCUACAGCAGAUACAUGAGGGACAAGUUGGAUACAUUGGUUGACUUUCCAAUUAAUGACUUGGACAUGUCAGAGUUCCUUAUUAAUCCCAAUGCAGGGCCUUGCCGCUACAAUUUGAUUGCUGUUUCCAAUCAUUAUGGAGGAAUGGGAGGAGGGCAUUAUACUGCUUUUGCAAAAAAUAAGGAUGAUGGAAAAUGGUACUACUUUGACGACAGUAGCGUGUCCACUGCAUGUGAGGACCAAAUUGUGUCCAAAGCAGCAUAUGUGCUCUUCUACCAGAGACAGGACACGAUCAGUGGAACUGGCUUUUUUCCUCUUGACCGGGAAACUAAACAAGGUGCUUCAGCUGCCACAGGCAUCCCACUAGAAAGUGAUGAAGACAGCAAUGAAAAUGAUAAUGAUAUAGAAAAUGAAAAUUGUAUGCACACUAACUAAUGGAAGAACUAGAAGCCAUAAGAGACUUUCUUACAGGGGAUACCUAUUGAAAGAGGGAAAUUGCCCACCAAAUUAAGAAUAAAAAUCUGAGAUGGGGAAUUUCAGAUAACAGAAUGUAAAUCUUUAUUAAAUUUUAACACGUGCAGUACUUGAAGUGAAACAAUAAAAACUUAAACAGAAA